CUGUUAUGUUGCAAUUUUAUAUUUAUAUCUUGAAAUAUUGUGACAAAUCAAAACACCGGUGUUUUAAAUUUGCUGUACAGUUUUUAGUUUUCCUAUGCAAUAAUUUGCAAUGAAUUCCAUCAUGUUACAUUCACAUUUGUUUAAGAAUGGCGGCUUAUUCUUGCGACAAUCAUUUCCAGCAAGGAGGGCAUGUCCUGCCCGGUUUGCCUCACAAUAUUUUGGCCUUGGUCAGGUGAGCACUCAUCCCAGCAGAACUUCUGAUUACACGAUCAGGCGAAUGUAUGGCUUGUCUAGCAUAUCGUUUCAUAAGUGUCAGCAUUCAACUGUAGCCAGUCUUGCUCCAGAACUCUCGCAAGGAGUAGCAGACUUUGAAAAUGCGAAAUUGAAUCGUUUCACAAAUCGGACUCACAACUGCGGGGAAUUACGAACUUCCCACGCUGGUCAGAAUGUAACUCUAUGUGGAUGGUUGGAGUUUUCACGGAUGAACAAAUUUUUCACACUCCGAGAUGGUUACGGUGCGACACAGAUUGUAAUACCAGAUGAACUGGUAUCGAAGGUUGCUUUGAAUAAUAUAUCUUUCGAGAGUAUCCUGGAGGUCAAGGGAACGGUGAUAAAACGACCAACAGGACAGGAGAACCUCCGCAUACCAACCGGUCAAAUCGAAGUCGUUUUGGAGGAAGUUGAAGUACUAAAUAGUGCUAGGAGUCGUCUUCCAAUCGACCUCAAGAAUCACAAUAAAGCGAGGGAGAGUUUACAGAUGGAGCAUCGAUACAUCGCUCUCAGAAGUUCGCAAAUGCAGAGGAAUCUUAGACUACGGUCGCAGAUUAUCAUGAAGAUGAGAGAGUAUAUGAUUAACAAUUGUGGAUUUGUCGAGGUCGAGACACCGACAUUGUUCCGGCGAACACCGGGGGGAGCUCAGGAAUUCGUUGUACCAACACGCAAACCUGGUCACUUCUAUUCGUUGGUCCAAAGCCCACAGCAGUUCAAACAGAUGCUCAUGUCGGGUGCUAUUGACCGGUAUUUCCAAAUUGCACGUUGCUAUCGAGACGAAGCUACGCGCCCGGAUCGCCAACCGGAAUUCACCCAACUCGAUAUUGAGUUGUCCUUUACAGAUCGAGAGAAAAUAAUGUCUCUUGUGGAAGGAGUUUUGGCUUAUUCCUGGCCCUUCACGGGCGGCGCGUUGAUGCUUCCCUUCCAUCGGAUGACACUGGAUGAGGCGAUGAAGCGUUACGGAUGUGAUAAACCAGACACUAGAUUCGGGUACGAAAUGCAAGAUGUGACAUUCAAAAUGGAACUGAAUGAAAAGUUGCGACUAGGAUUGCAGAGGUGCGAUUACGGGGCGUAUGCCAUUGUGGCCAACGAACCAUACAGUAGUUCGCCAACGUCGAUGAAAAAAGUACUGAAUGGGUUGUCCAAGGAAUACAGAAACUGCAAGUUAGUUUGUAGCUACAUAACACCAGACUGGUUGGAAACGUCAAUCGAAAAACUGCUCGACAACGGAGUUGCAGAAGAAUUGAAAUCGCAUUUAUCACUUAAACCUGGAGAUCUAUUGCUGCUGGGAUAUGGAAAAAGGCGUGAUGUGCAAGACAUGAUGGGAAAAGUUAGGCUAGCAUUUUACGAGAAUCUGGAAACUCGAGGUCUCGUGGAGAAGCGUUCUUCGACCGUACAAAACUUCUGCUGGGUGGUCGAUUUCCCCAUGUUUGAACUUGACGAAAAUACUGGUACCUUGGGAAGUGUUCAUCAUCCCUUCACCGCUCCCCAUCCAGAGGAUUUAGAAAAGCUUAAAGGGAAGCAGAAUUUGACCGAAAUCCGAUCUCAGUCGUUCGAUUUGGUUUGGAACGGGGUUGAAGUUGGCGGGGGAUCGGUUCGUAUUCACAACGGUGAACUGCAGAAGUUGGUUCUGGAUGAAGUGUUGCAGUUUGACCGUUCCCAUCUGAAACAUCUACUGGCCGCCCUGGAAUGUGGAUGUCCCCCACAUGGUGGGUUUGCAAUAGGAUUGGAUCGGUAUAUAGCGUUGCUUUGUAAUGCACACUCCAUUCGGGAUGUGAUUGCUUUCCCCAAGACACUGGAUGGGAAAGAUUUACUCUCGAAGGCACCGGUGACGAUUAGUGAAGAAGAGAAAAAAAUGUAUCACAUAUGUAUUAAGGAAAAUAUACAACAGUAAAGGGCUAUGAUGUUUUUGAUGUAUUCUCUAUGUUACGGGACUUAUUUUGCAAAAUCAAGUC